UGGAGCUUGUCCGGGGAACACGCUUUCAGAAUGCCACUAUAGAGCAUUCUGAGAUGGAUCUUCCUAAUUUUUCUACGCACCCUGAGAUAUAGAGCAUGGGGGAAAAUGCUAAGGAGUAAGUCUGUGUGCUACAAGAGCAGUUUGAGGAGGAGGGGCAGAAAUUGGAGAGUAUAAAAUCAGAGGCAAUGUUUGCUACGCUGCAGGCCAUCUGCAGGUAAUUGGAGGCAAUGAAAAAUCUGGCAAGCUGGGUGUCCCUGGUACUCUGUGUGUAUGGACUGAAAGCAGAAUUGAUUGCCCAUUUACACCCUCCAGUUCCAGAAUUUGUUGACCGUGACUGUGUCUUUCCGUUUGUGUAUGGUGACGUGACCCACUACAACUGCAUCUCCAUCCACAGUGAUUAUGACUGGUGUUCUCUUGACACGGAAUUCCAAGGCCGGUGGCGGUACUGCACUGGGCAAGAUCCCCCCAAAUGUUCCUUCCCUUUCUUCUUCAAGCAAAAGAUCUUUCACCAUUGCACCAAGGAAGGCUAUAUUUUUAAUAGGAGUUGGUGUUCGUUGACAAAAAAUUACAACAGAGAUAGAAAAUGGAAGCAAUGCUCUCCUCAGAAUUUUUAGAUAAGUCUUCGUGGUCUUGAAGAGACAGGAGUUAUAGGAUUCAUCAGCUGCCUCUCAAAAUAUAUCCUUGCCCUAAUCCUUCUUAUCAAUAAAGAUUUUAUCUUUCUUC